AUGGACUCUUUCACAAUCAGUUACGACAGGAGGAGCCAAGAAGUGUCCUUGUUUGUUGCAACACGCUGGUUUUCUUAUUCUCCUUUGGUCAUUUUUGACCAGGCCAGGCGGAACCGAAAAAAGGCGAGCUCCAGGCUAUUCCCUCAGCUGGAAUACCCUUCUCUUCGUUGUAAAACGGUUUUAUCCUUCAGAGCUCAACUCAAACGCCAAGUGCUUCUUGCAACAAGAGAGGAAAUAAAAGCGGAAACUGAAAAACAGAGUCCUCCUCAUGGAGAAGCGAAAGGUGGAUCAAGCACCCUUCCACCAGUUAAAUCAAAGACAAAUUUUAUUGAAGCAGACAAGUAUUUCUUACCCUUUGAAUUGGCAUGCCAGUCCAAAUGUCCCCGUAUAGUUAGUACAUCUCUUGAUUGUUUACAGAAACUUAUUGCUUAUGGGCACUUGACUGGCAAUGCUCCAGAUAGUACAACACCAGGCAAAAAAUUAAUUGAUAGAAUUAUUGAAACAAUUUGUGGCUGCUUCCAAGGUCCUCAAACAGAUGAAGGAGUUCAGUUGCAAAUAAUAAAGGCUUUACUUACUGCAGUAACAUCUCAACACAUAGAAAUUCAUGAAGGAACUGUACUGCAAGCUGUGAGAACAUGUUACAAUAUCUAUCUAGCGAGCAAAAAUCUCAUCAAUCAGACAACAGCCAAAGCUACUCUUACUCAGAUGCUAAAUGUUAUCUUUGCACGCAUGGAAAACCAAGCAUUGCAAGAAGCCAAACAAAUGGAAAAAGAAAGGCAUCGGCAGCAUCAUCAUCUGUUGCAGUCUCCAGUAAGCCAUCAUGAGCCUGAAUCACCUCAACUUAGAUAUUUGCCACCUCAAACUGUUGAUCACAUGUCCCAGGAACAUGAAGGGGACCUUGAUUCCCAUACAAAUGAUGUGGAUAAAAGCCUUCAGGAUGACACAGAACCUGAAAAUGGAUCUGAUAUUUCCAGUGCAGAAAAUGAACAGACUGAAGCUGAUCAGGCAACUGCAGCUGAAACGUUAUCUAAAAAUGACAUAUUAUAUGAUGGAGAAAACCAUGACUGUGAGGAAAAGCCACAAGACAUUGUACAGAGCAUUGUAGAAGAAAUGGUGAACAUCGUUGUUGGAGAUAUGGGAGAAAGAACUACUAUAAAUGCAAGUGCAGAUGGCAACAUUGGAAGUAUAGAGGAUGGUAGCGACAGUGAAAAUAUUCAAGCAAAUGGAAUUCCAGGAACACCAAUUUCUGUUGCAUAUACACCGUCUUUACCUGAUGACAGAUUGUCUGUCUCUUCCAGUGAUACUCAGGAAUCUGGAAAUUCUUCAGGACCUUCACCUGGUGCUAAGUUUUCCCACAUUUUACAAAAGGAUGCCUUUCUAGUAUUCAGGUCAUUGUGUAAACUGUCCAUGAAACCACUGUCAGAUGGACCACCAGAUCCAAAGUCUCAUGAGUUACGAUCCAAGAUUCUUUCAUUGCAGUUACUUCUAUCCAUUCUGCAGAAUGCAGGACCUGUUUUCAGGACAAAUGAGAUGUUUAUUAAUGCUAUUAAGCAGUAUCUCUGUGUUGCACUCUCAAAAAAUGGAGUGUCAUCUGUUCCAGAGGUUUUUGAGCUUUCUCUUUCCAUAUUUCUCACUUUGUUGUCAAACUUCAAGACACAUCUGAAGAUGCAAAUUGAGGUGUUCUUUAAAGAAAUUUUCCUAUACAUUUUGGAAACUUCUACCAGCUCAUUUGACCACAAAUGGAUGGUUAUUCAGACAUUGACAAGGAUCUGUGCAGAUGCUCAGAGUGUAGUGGAUAUUUAUGUAAACUAUGACUGUGAUUUAAAUGCAGCAAAUAUAUUUGAAAGACUAGUAAAUGAUCUAUCAAAAAUUGCUCAAGGACGAGGCAGUCAAGAACUUGGUAUGAGUAAUGUUCAGGAAUUGAGCCUGAGGAAAAAAGGUUUAGAAUGCUUAGUGUCAAUUUUGAAGUGUAUGGUUGAAUGGAGUAAGGAUCAGUAUGUGAAUCCCAACUCUCAGACAACUCUUGGUCAGGAAAAAACCUUAGAGCAAGAGACGAGUGAAAUCAAACACCCUGAGACAAUAAACAGAUAUGGAAGUUUAAAUUCCUUGGAGUCAACAUCAUCAUCAGGAAUAGGCAGCUACAGUACACAGAUGUCUGGUACUGACAAUCCAGAACAAUUUGAAGUCCUAAAGCAACAAAAAGAAAUAAUAGAACAAGGAAUAGAUUUAUUUAAUAAGAAACCAAAGAGAGGAAUACAGUACCUCCAAGAACAAGGGAUGCUUGGCACUACACCUGAAGAUAUUGCCCAAUUCUUACAUCAAGAGGAAAGAUUAGAUUCUACUCAAGUGGGCGAGUUCCUGGGAGAUAAUGAUAAAUUUAACAAAGAAGUCAUGUAUGCAUAUGUGGACCAACAUGACUUUUCAGGAAAGGACUUUGUUUCAGCCCUUCGUAUGUUUCUGGAAGGAUUCCGUCUUCCAGGGGAAGCUCAGAAAAUUGAUCGAUUGAUGGAAAAAUUUGCUGCAAGAUACCUCGAAUGCAACCAAGGACAAACCCUUUUUGCUAGUGCAGAUACUGCUUAUGUUUUGGCUUAUUCAAUUAUCAUGCUGACCACAGAUCUUCACAGUCCACAGGUUAAAAAUAAAAUGACAAAGGAACAGUACAUUAAGAUGAAUAGAGGUAUCAAUGACAGUAAAGACCUUCCGGAAGAGUAUCUAUCAGCUAUCUAUAAUGAAAUUGCUGGAAAAAAGAUAUCAAUGAAAGAAACAAAAGAACUCACAAUCCCUACAAAAUCAAGUAAGCAGAAUGUAGCCAGUGAAAAACAAAGAAGGCUUCUGUAUAAUUUAGAAAUGGAACAGAUGGCCAAGACAGCAAAAGCACUCAUGGAAGCCGUGAGCCAUGUUCAGGCACCUUUUACAAGUGCAACACAUUUGGAGCAUGUGAGACCCAUGUUUAAGUUGGCUUGGACACCUUUCCUGGCUGCGUUUAGUGUGGGUCUGCAAGAUUGUGAUGAUACUGAAGUAGCCUCUCUUUGCCUGGAAGGUAUAAGAUGUGCAAUCAGAAUUGCAUGCAUUUUCAGCAUUCAGCUGGAAAGAGAUGCAUAUGUCCAGGCACUAGCAAGAUUUACCUUACUUACAGUGAGUUCUGGUAUUACUGAAAUGAAACAGAAGAACAUUGAUACAAUAAAAACACUUAUCACAGUGGCCCAUACAGAUGGAAAUUAUUUAGGAAAUUCAUGGCAUGAGAUUCUGAAGUGCAUCAGUCAGUUGGAGCUUGCACAGCUUAUAGGAACUGGAGUGAAACCUCGAUACAUUUCUGGAACAGUACGGGGCAGAGAAGGAUCUCUUACUGGAACAAAAGAUCAGGCUCCUGAUGAAUUUGUGGGUCUGGGGCUAGUUGGAGGAAAUGUGGACUGGAAGCAGAUAGCAAGUAUUCAGGAAUCCAUCGGAGAAACCAGUUCUCAAAGUGUUGUUGUUGCUGUAGAUAGAAUAUUUACAGGUUCUACAAGACUAGAUGGAAAUGCUAUUGUGGAUUUUGUCCGUUGGCUCUGUGCCGUGUCUAUGGAUGAAUUACUUUCCACUACACAUCCAAGAAUGUUUAGUCUACAAAAAAUAGUAGAAAUAUCGUAUUACAACAUGGGAAGAAUAAGAUUGCAGUGGUCUCGAAUUUGGGAAGUUAUUGGCGAUCAUUUUAAUAAGGUUGGCUGUAAUCCUAAUGAAGAUGUAGCUAUUUUUGCAGUAGACUCCUUGAGGCAAUUGUCAAUGAAGUUUUUAGAGAAAGGGGAGCUUGCUAAUUUCAGAUUCCAGAAGGAUUUCUUAAGACCGUUUGAACAUAUAAUGAAACGGAACAGGUCUCCAACAAUUCGAGAUAUGGUUGUACGGUGUAUAGCACAAAUGGUUAAUUCUCAAGCUGCUAACAUUCGGUCUGGAUGGAAGAACAUUUUCUCUGUGUUUCAUCUAGCUGCAUCCGAUCAAGAUGAAAGCAUAGUGGAACUUGCAUUCCAAACAACAGGGCACAUUGUCACUCUUGUGUUUGAAAAACACUUUCCAGCGACCAUUGAUUCUUUCCAGGAUGCAGUGAAGUGUUUGUCUGAAUUUGCGUGCAAUGCAGCUUUCCCAGACACAAGCAUGGAAGCAAUUCGACUUAUUCGCCAUUGUGCAAAAUAUGUGUCUGAUAGACCUCAGGCUUUCAAGGAGUACACAAGUGAUGAUAUGAAUGUGGCGCCUGAAGACAGGGUUUGGGUCAGAGGAUGGUUCCCAAUCCUCUUCGAGCUGUCCUGCAUCAUUAAUAGAUGCAAAUUAGAUGUAAGAACCAGGGGUUUAACAGUAAUGUUCGAAAUAAUGAAAACUUAUGGCCACACUUAUGAAAAACACUGGUGGCAGGAUUUAUUUAGAAUUGUUUUCAGAAUCUUUGACAACAUGAAAUUGCCAGAACAGCAGACAGAGAAAGCUGAAUGGAUGACUACGACUUGUAAUCAUGCACUUUAUGCGAUCUGUGAUGUAUUCACCCAGUAUUUAGAAGUACUCAGUGAUGUACUUUUGGAUGAUAUUUUUGCCCAGCUCUACUGGUGUGUGCAGCAAGACAAUGAGCAGUUAGCACGAUCUGGUACAAACUGCUUAGAGAAUGUUGUUAUUCUGAAUGGUGAGAAAUUUACCCUAGAAAUCUGGGAUAAAACUUGUAACUGCACACUGGAUAUCUUCAAAACCACAAUCCCACAUGCGCUCUUAACCUGGCGUCCCUCUUCUGGAGAAACUGUUCCCCCACCUCCAUCUCCUGUGAGUGAAAAACAGCUGGAUACAAUAUCACAGAAAUCUGUAGAUAUUCAUGAUUCUGUUCAGCCAAGAUCUGCAGAUAAUAGACAGCAAGCACAAUUGGCUGCUGUCUCUACUGUGAACGAAGAAGUCAGCAAAAUUAAACAUACAGCAAAAUUUCCAGAACAAAAAUUGUUUGCCGCCCUGUUGAUUAAAUGUGUUGUGCAGCUGGAACUCAUCCAGACUAUCGACAACAUUGUGUUCUUCCCAGCCACAAGCAAGAAGGAAGAUGCCGAAAACCUAGCUGCCGCACAGAGAGAUGCUGUGGACUUUGAUGUUCGAGUUGAUACACAGGAUCAAGGAAUGUACCGCUUUUUAACAUCACAACAACUUUUUAAGCUACUGGACUGCUUAUUAGAGUCCCAUAGAUUUGCAAAAGCAUUUAAUUCCAACAAUGAACAGAGGACUGCUCUGUGGAAAGCAGGCUUCAAAGGCAAAUCCAAACCUAACCUUCUGAAGCAGGAGACGAGCAGCCUUGCCUGUGGGCUGCGCAUUCUCUUCCGGAUGUACAUGGAUGAGAGCCGCGUUAGUGCCUGGGAGGAGGUCCAGCAGAGGCUUUUAAAUGUCUGCAGCGAAGCCCUAAGUUACUUCCUUACUCUGACGUCAGAGAGUCACCGGGAAGCCUGGACUAAUUUACUGCUUUUGUUUCUAACUAAAGUUCUAAAGAUAAGCGACAGUAGGUUUAAAGCUCAUGCAUCAUUCUACUACCCUCUCUUAUGUGAAAUUAUGCAAUUUGACUUGAUUCCUGAACUUCGUGCCGUUCUUAGAAGAUUUUUUCUGCGAAUUGGAGUAGUUUUUCAGAUAUCACAACCACCUGAACAGGAACUUGGAAUAAACAAGCAAUGAUGGCAACUUGGUAUUGUUCUGUUGGCGUUUACAUCCCUCCGCUCUUUAAAAGGACCUUGGAGCUGAGGUUUCCUACCUGAAAAAUGGUUUCUCUGAAUUGCGGUGUCUGAGGGUUACUGGUAAAGAUGCUUAGAACUGUAACUCAAACUUGCGCAACGCUCCAGUCCCUAUUUAGUAAUCUGGUGGAUUCUGUUUGUCAUGUUGGGCUCAUGUUGAGCAGAAAGCCUGUUUCCACAGUGUCAGCUUGUGUUCAUGUGUCCUUUCCCUGUCCUUGGCGGCAGGGAGAGCCCCACAGUUUUCGGCAGGUGUGGAAGUAAAACUUUACCCAAAGAACUAUAGAUGUAAAGAUUUGAACUUCUGCAAGAAGUACAACUCAGGAGAGCUGUAUUUUGAAGGAUAAAAUGUUUAUAAUUGGGGGGGUGGGGGGGAGAAGAAGAAAUUAUUGUUCAUGGUAAAAGAUAUUUAGCAACUAUGGUAUUCUUAUUCUGAAGAUUUUUGCACACUCAGGCUAUCUGAGAUACUGGUAAUCAUCCUUCUGUGAAAAAUGUACAGAGAUGCAGGUCUGUAAUAUAAAAAUCUUAAACAUUAUAUAGUUCUUCCUGCACUGUUUUAUUUUAAUUUCUUUAUUUUCUUAUUCAUUUGCUAAAUACCUAUAAUAUUUUGUCAAAUGCACUAAACAUUUGGGUUGAACUUUUUGUCUUUUUUAUUUUGUGGGGGUUUUGGUUUUGCCCUUUUUGGUGGGGGGGGGAGGGGUUGGUAAUUUUGAGGGUUUAACAUGCCCAGAAAGCUGUUGUGGCUGACGCUUGUCAUGAUCAACAACAAAAAAGGUAGAAAAUACUCCUACUGACCUAACUACCUGUAAUAUACUUCUCUUAGGGCUUCUAAAGAUGAGCCAUUAAAAUAGAGUUGAUCCUUCAUGGACCGAAACUUGAAUCACUGCAAAAUGAAUCUAGGUUGCUGUCACUUUCUUUUUCUUUUGGGUGGCGGGGCUUGAUGUAGAUUUUACUCUGUGUACAGAAUUUAAUGUUGAAUAUGUUAAAAUAACAAAUCUGGCAUGGUUGGGGGAGUUAGAUUUACUGGAAAUGUAUUCAUACUGUGAAUUGUGCUCUGAUGGUUAAAAAAAGACAAGAUUGUCAAGCAUUCCGUAUUAACAGUGGAUGUAGAAAAUUUUUUCAGAUGGAUAAAAUGUAUAUGGUACAGAUGUAAAGUUUUCUAUGUAAAAAAUUCUGUACAACUUUCUGUACAAUACUGAUUCUCAUCUGGCAUAUUCUAAUCAGGUUAUAUAGGUCAAUAAAGUUUUUGGAUUAUUUCAUCCGUGCAAUCAAAACCUGUGUAA